UAUGGACGUGAGUCUCUGGCUUCGGUUACGAAAAAAAAGUGUGUCUGAACCCGCAGCGGCGCUUCUUGUCAGCGAGUUGUCUCGCGGCCACUCGCUCACUCUCCGACGGGCCCGCGUGGGAAGCGGUCUCUAAGAAGCGGUGCCACCAAGAUCGAGUCUUCGUCAAAGUCACCGUCGUUCCAUCAUGGCUGAAAGAAAAGUGAAAAGCAAAACGGAGAAAGAGGGUGAGGUGCCCAGCAGAAAUGCCUCUGACCCCAUGGCAGUAACCUGGUUAGAGAAGCACAACAAAACCUUGGAGAAAUACUGGAACAAAUUACCGAAUUUCCUCGGUUCGUUCAUCGCCAGCGUCGCUGUGUUUAUCCUGGGAUCCAGCAUUAGAGGAGAGUGGAUCUACAUCCUCGUUCACUUCCUGAAAGCCUUCAAAUACGGCGACGAAGAGGCCAACAGUACCUCGACUGAGUCCUCGAACUCCUCAGCGUCUACAGGAUUCAGUUUGGCCGACUACCGCCUUCAGGGUCUUGGGUUCUACUGGAUUUGGGCCACGACGGUGUCCUAUGUCUUGUACUUGGGCGUCGGUGGCUUUCUGCACUGGUACUACUACGUGCGUCAGCGUGACCGCUCCGAAGAAUGGAAAUGUCAACCCAAUAAGUUUAUGCCGCCGGAGCUAGAGCGCCAUGAAAUUCUGCUGGGAUCCUUCUCGCUGCUUUUGGGAUCCACGGUUUCCGCAAUGCUCGCCUGUUACGUCAUGAACGGCGGUUAUUCCACGAUUUACUAUGACGUCAGCAAGUACGGCUGGCUUUGGUAUUUCGCCUCGUGGCCGGUCGUUUACAUUUGGCAGGACUACCUCACUUAUUGGCACCACCGCGUCUACCACACCCCCUUCUUGUACAAGAACUUCCAUAAACUUCACCACAAGUACAAGCAGCCAACGGCAUUCAGCGUAACAGCCAUUCACCCGUUCGAGUUCCUUCACAUGCAGGUCGUGCAGUUCAGCCCAAUGUUCAUCUUCCCCAUUCAUUGGUCUGUUUUCUGCAGCUUGUUAAUGUACCUGUAUUACCACGGCAUCCUCGACCACUCCGGAAUCAACUUCAAGGCCCAGUGGUGGCAGCCGUGGCAACCCGACUGCAUCUUCCAUGACAACCACCAUCAGUAUUUCCAUGUCAACUUCGGAUUUAACUGCGAACUUUGGGAUAAAAUCCACGGAACAUACAGGCAAAAGAAUAAGGUGUAUCGCGAGGACAUCUUCUACGGGAAGGGAAAGAGCCUCGAGGAGUGUUCCAAGGAUGAACUCAAGGCUGACUUGAACGAACGCGAAUCAGAGAAUCACCUAGCCUACCGAGGACAAGUCAGAGACGAGCAGGUCCUCGAAGUCAAGAAGAAGCUCAAAUAGAAAACAAAGCCUCGAGGAGCCUUUAAGGACAACCUGAAGGCUGACUUGAACAGGAAUUCGAGAAUUCUUUGAAUACCUUGGUACAGUCAGAGACGAGCAGAUCCUCAAAAGCUUCAGUAGAAGACAGUAGAAGGAAAAGCAAAAUUACAUUGAAUACUAAAUGUUUAUUUUCUACUGAAAUGUGUUUAUAUGUAUUUUUAGAAGGUUGUCAAUAUCAUAGUUAUGUUGGAGGAAGUCAGAGCAUUAAGUUUCUCUCUCUCUCUCUCUCUCUCUCUCUCUCUCUCUCUCUCUCUCGCUCUCUCUCUCUCUCUCUCUCUCUCUCUCUCUCUCUCUCUCUCUCUCUCUCUCGCUCUCUCUCUCUCUCUCUCUCUCUCUCUCUCUCUCUCUCUCUCUCUCCAGAAAAAACAUAACAAGUGAGAUGCAAUCCAUGUACUUGCGAAGGGAUUUAUACCUUAUUAAAUAUGUAUGUUAGCGGCUGCACAACUUCGAUGGUAGUGUAAAGUAUUUUGAUUUAACGGAUGCGUCUUUAUUGAGCUGAUCGCCAUGAAGUAUUCACAAUUGUUAUGUUCAACAUAUUGUUCAAGCAAGAAUAUAUCAUAUAUAUGGGAGGAAAAUGUGUGUAAUACGUUAUCCUGAAUUAAAACCAUGUGUAUCUUUAACCGAAGAUAUAUGAUACGCAUGUGUUUUUGAAUGAGCUUUAAUUAUUGACUUCUUUCUGGAAAUCAGUUAAUAUAUUCAUUAAAUGUUUUAUCAAA